AUGCAUCUAUUCCUCACCCUUGGCGCAUUUUGGAGUAAUGUGGCCGCUGUAGCUGACCACCGACCCCCUGAGCUUCACGUCGCGACCUCUUCUGGCGUUGUGAACGGAAUAUAUAACGAUUCUGCACGUACUGUACGGGCAUUUCUUGGAAUCCCAUAUGCCGAGCCCCCAGUUCAAGAGCUGCGAUGGGAACCACCACGUCCCAAAUCACCACCCGGAAGACCCAUCGAUGCAUCUUCCUUCAGCAGUCCCUGUCCACAGGUGUAUACGUACUCCAAUGAAUCGAUUUAUAACGUUGUUCCGGCUACGAUAUGGAACUCUGCCGACAUGUCUGAAGACUGUCUGUAUUUGAAUAUUUGGGCACCUUCUUUCAAGCGUCGAGGCUACCGGGGGCUGAGCAGAGCAGCAGUCAUGGUGUUUAUUCAUGGAGGAAGCCAUGACAUAGGAGGUAGUUCUGUUAGUUAUUACGAUGGCACGAAGUUAGUACGGAAUCAGGAUGAUCUGAUUGUUGUUACGUUCAAUUAUCGACUCAAUGUUUUUGGGUUUCCUAAUGCACCCGACAUCGAUUCUUCCAAGCAGAACCUUGGGCUUUUGGACCAGCGAUUGGCAAUCGAGUGGAUUUAUGAAAAUAUAGCCAGAUUCGGUGGUGAUCCAGAUAGGAUUCUUCUGUUUGGUCAAUCUACCGGGGCUUCUUCAGCUGAUAUCCAUUCAUACGCAUACCCAGACAAUCCUAUCAUUAGCGCAGUUGCUCUUCACUCGGGCACCGCUCCAUUACUGACUUCAGCUCCGGAUCAUCAAAAUUGGAAUAAGCUGUCUAUUGCGGUUGGAUGCGGCGUAGGAGCCGAAUCCUUCCAAUGCAUGAGACAAGUGCCAAUGACGAAGAUUGUCGAAACAAGGGCCAAAGGAAAGUAUAGCUUUUAUCCCAUUGUGGAUGAGGUCCUCGUCUUUUCCGAUUAUGCCGCCAGAGCUAAAAAGGGGAAAUUGGCACCAUUGCCAACAUUGGGAGGGAGCAAUGAGCGUGAAAUCACGGCUUUCUUGCCGCUAAGUCAAAUAUUCGUUGACGAGACAAAAGUCUCUGAGCUCAGUCAAAUGAUUUAUAACUGUCCCCUCCGGGAAUCUGUGAGCAAUGUCAGCCCAGUUGCAUGGCUUGGGGCAUACCACGGGUCUGAGAUACCUAUUGUCUUUGGAACCUAUGAUAAGUUCAGGGCGAUCCCUCCGUCUACCAGGGAAGUUGAAGUCAGUGAAUACAUGCAAGGAGCCUGGGUUGCAUUUGCCAAGGACCCUAGUAUGGGACUGAGUGAGUAUGGAUGGCCACAGUUCAACUUUGAUGAGCCCACCUUGGUCCAUCUCGCCCUGAAUAAUACGGUCGAGGCGAAAUUUACCUCUGCCAGUCCGUGGGAUACAUCUUGUGAAGCUCCCAUUCGAUCCGAGUUAUGA